AUGGCCGUCCAAUCCUCCCUCCCGCCCGACCUCUUCGACCAAACCACAAUCAUCUCCCUCCUCUCCACCCUCGCCAUCGUCCUCGUCGCCUACUCCGUCUCCCGCAUCGCCCUCCCCCGCGCCUCCACCACCGGCACCGUCCGCUUCCUCUUCAUCUGGCACCUCGCCGACGCGCUCUGCCACUUCAUCCUCGAGGGAAGCUUCCUCUACCACUGCUUCUUCUCGUACAUCCCCGCGAGCGAGGUGGGCGACCGCCUGGCCGACCUGGUGCCCACGCCGUACAACUUCCUGGGCUACGAGAACGGUCGCGUCUAUGGGCCGCAGAGCGGGGGGGAUAACCCGUUUGCGCAGUUGUGGAUGGUGUAUGCGAGGGCGGAUAAGAGAUGGGCGGGAGCUGACUUGGGCGUUAUCAGUCUUGAGCUUUUGACCGUCUUCUUCGAUGGCCCCCUGGCUGUGUACAUCUGCUAUCUGCUUGCCAAGAAGAAUCCCAUGGCCAACAUCUGGAUGAUUGUCUUGGCGACUUGCGAACUCUACGGAGGCUUCAUGACUUUUUGCCCCGAGUGGCUCACCGGCAACAUCAACCUCGACGGCAGCAACUUCAUGUACAUGUGGGUCUACCUGGUCUUUUUCAACAUGUUGUGGGUAUUUAUCCCGCUGUUUGCGGUUGUGUAUUCGAUUCGCGACAUUUCCAAUGCUUUUGCCGUUCGACAGGCGGCGACGCAGACCAGAAAGAAGCUCUGA